CUUUCACUUACGUUACUAAGAGACACAGAAAUGGAAACCUCCUCGAGACCAACGUCCCCAUCCAACAAACCCUAUUUUCAAGAUUCUGAAUGCCCAGAUCUUCAAUCUCCAAUCGAUUGCGAAAAGGGAUCUGGGUUCUACAAGAACGAGGAUUCAUGGCCAAAAACCCACAUGCACAGAAAGAAGAAUCAUGUAUUUCUUCAAGGGUAUGUGGAUGAAGAAGAGCUCGUGAGAGCCAAGAGUUUAACGGAUGAAGAUCUUGAAGAGCUUAGAGGAUGUUUGGAUUUAGGAUUUGGUUUCAGUUACGAUGAAAUUCCGGAGCUCUGUAACACCUUGCCGGCGCUGGAAUUGUGUUAUUCCAUGACCCAGAAGUUUCUAGAUGAUCAGCAGAAGUCGCCGGAGUCUCCGUCGACGGCGAGUGAAUCAUCUUCGCCGCAUUCAGGUGCUACAGCUAACUGGAAGAUUUCUAGUCCUGGUGAUGACCCUGAAGAUGUGAAAGCCAGACUGAAAUUUUGGGCACAAGCAGUUGCUUGCACAGUGAGAUUAUGCAACUGAGAUGACUAUAACUUGUAUCUCAUGCUAGGGUUAACCAUCAACAACAUUUGAGAAUCUGGUUUAAGACGAUGAUUAUCGGAAUGAUUAAACCUGAUCCGUCCAUAGAUGGAGUUUGUUCUUUAAGGGGUUGUAACGGGCACAAGAAAACAAGUCUCCAAUGGAUGUAGUACAUAUUUCUAUCUUGCAAAUUUAAUGAAUAAAAGCUUAUCGUUAUCCGUUUUUCUUGUU